GUCAUAAGUCAUGUUGCACAUGCGUACACGAGAGCGGUGUAACAUCCGGUUCCAAACACGUGUUUGUUAUUUGCUUCUCGUAAUGUCGAAAGAGAAAAUUAAUUUCAGUAAAUCACUGGAAUAUGGUCCGUUCUACAGUGCUGGGAAGAUUUCUGUGACACAAGAUCAUUUAAUAUGUAUCUACAAAACCCAGGUGAAUGUUCUGUCGAAAGACAAUGGAAAAAUCACUCGAACAAUAAAACUGUCUGACGAUCUCAGUGUGACAUGCAGUCAGGUGACACCCAAUGGCCAGAAACUGGCUGUGGCUGAUACGCUUCUGCAGAUCUCAUUGAUUGAUCUGUCAUCUGAAGAGACUCAUAAUUACUCCUGGAGGUCGCAGCAUUUGAACCACGUCCAGAGUAUGAAGUUUAACGAGGGAGGGAACCUGCUUGCCACCGGAGGGAUUGACUCUGUGGUCAAAGUGUGGGAUGUUGACCAUCGAUAUUGCACCCACAACUUCAAGAGAAACACCGGUAUCAUACGGUCCCUUUUGUUUGUGCCUUGCGGGGAAGAAGUGAAUCUUUUAUCCGGCUCGGACAACGGAGAGAUCUGCUUGUACAACUUACGAAAGAAGUCGGUCAUCAAGACGUGUAGCCAUCACUCGGCCGCAGUUACUGAUAUGAUUCUGACCGAAGACUCCAAGACGAUGCUCAGUUCUGGACGCGACAACAUAGUCACAAUGUGGGACAUGGAAACCUUGACCGUCCAGAAGACCAUUCCAGUCUAUGAGCCCAUAGAAUCCUUGGUUUUGGUUGCCAGGCAUUUCAAGAAAAAAAAGGGUCCUUGUUUUAUAACUGCAGGGUCCAAAGGUGUAUUGAAUGUGUGGGAUGCUGACAAAGGUACGACCAUCGUUAAGCAGACUGAGAGCCAACACAAGUCCGGCAUCAUGCAGGCAACUUCCACCGGGAUGAGUCUUGACCAUGAUGAGGAAAAGGAUGAGGCUGAUGAUGAUGAAGAUGCUGGUGGCGGUGAUGGUGAAAGCAUUGUGGUGGUGGACAAUGAUUGUAUCAUUUCCCUCUACAACCCUAAAGACUUGAGCUGUAGAAAACAGUUUUGUGGUUUCUUUGAUGAUGUCCUUGAGGUGAGAUUCUUUGGUUUCAAGGAGGAAUUUAUGGCUGUUGCCAGUAACUCGGAGAACAUUGCUGUUUAUAAAAUCAGUGACUGGACUUGUCAGGUUUUGCGGGGUCACACAGAGAUUGUCAUUGGUCUUGACGUAUGUCCAACAAAACCUCAACUGCUGGCCAGUUGUUCCAAGGACAAAACCAUACGUUUAUGGCUUCUGACUAAAGACCGGUCAGUCUGCUGUGUUGCCAUUGGUUACGGCCAUUCCAUGUCUGUUGAUGCUGUCGCUUUUUUCCGGACCUCAUCUUCAAAGCUUCUUAGUGUAUCAACGGACUGCACAGUGAAAAUGUGGAAAAUUCCUGCAGAGUUCUCCAAGAAGGAAUCGGCCGUAAUGAAGGCUAGUCAGAUGGGAAGUGGCCAUUCCAAAACUAUUUCCUGUGUUGCUGUGUCACCAAAUGAUAAUCUCUUUGCAACUGGGUCUGAAGACCACACGGCUAAACUGUGGGACGUGUCAUCAUUUGAAGUCCUUGGUGUUUUCAAGGGACACAAAUCGCGCUUAACGUCAGUGGCAUUCUCCCCUGCGGACAAGUGUGUUUUCACCGCAUCCCACGAUAGAACUGUCAGAGUUUGGAAGAUUUCAGACUUCACCACAGCAAUGGUCCUUAACCAUGAGAUGCCUGUUAUGAAGAUUUUGUUUCUAAACAACGGACGCCACGUUAUCACCGGUUGCAGUGAUGGUUUUCUCAACAUCUGGAACCUUCUCACCCAGACUCUUCUGGAACACAUCGAGGCCCACACCGAACAUGCUUGGGCUAUUGACGUCAGCAAAGACUCAAAGACUAUCGUUUCAGGUGGAUCUGAUUCACUAAUUAGAUUUUGGCAGGACAUCUCAGAAGAAAAGAAGAAAGAAGAAGAUUCUGAAAGAGAUGAGCAACUCUAUAAGGAGCAGUUGCUGUCCAAUGAGUGCAAAGCAGGAAACAACCGAAGUGCUCUCAGAAUUGCCCUGGACUUGGAUAAACCUCACACCGUCUUCAAGAUACUGACAGAAAUUUAUGAAAUGGGAAAAACUUCAAAGAUAGUGGACAUCCUUGGGGAAUUAUCCGACAAUCAGAAAAGAACCUUGAUCAACUAUAUGAUAAAAUGGAAUACGCACUCCAUCUACAGCGAGUUGGGUCAGAUCCUUCUCCAGAAAAUCUUGGAUAAUUGCCUUCCCACUGACUAUUUGAUGAACCAACAGCAAUACAGAGAUCUACAAGCUUACACAGAACGCCACUACAAACGGAGGAAGUGCUUGAAGGAGAAAUCCCAGUUUAUUCCAUAUUUACUAAAACAGAUGAUACCAUCCAACCAAGAUGGAGCAGAGACUGACAUGGCAACAAAUUGAGGAGAAUAAAAUCUAUAUUAUUUUGUAAUAAGAAUGUAA